AUGGCGCCCAAUUGCGACGCGCUGGCACAGUUGGAUGACUUCUCCGGCUACGUGGAUAUUCUCCGCGUCGAGACAGAAUUUGACGAAACAAGGCUUGAGGUUGCGACCGCCUAUAUCCUCGAGUUUGCCCUCAGCGCCUUGUUGUCCCUGGCCGCUAUUAGGCUCAGGAACUCCCGGUCUGGGACUGCAGCAUAUAGGUGGAAGGAGAUAAUCCAGUGCGGCCUCGACUCAUUCUUUUCCUCGGCGGCGUACUUUGCCCUGGCAAUCCAGCUCGCAACCAUCAUCGUGCUUGUACGCAAGGACUAUGGCAUUAGCAACGCUGACCUGGGUGCUAUCGAAGCCCGCAUCGCCCAGUCCGUCUCUGUCGUGAGCAUGAUACCGCUUCUAUACCCAGCUGCUCUGCUGGAGCCAGGGCUAGAGGAUCGCGAUGAGAACCGGGAUGUCAGGCACAACUCCAGACUGCUGUUGCUGAGCGUGACGUUGGCUCUCUCAUUCUUCCCUUUCCUUUCGAGGUGUAUGCAUGCGUUCGGUCCGAGCCCCAUUGGAGAUGGCUCCAACUCAGAGGUUAGCGAUGAGAACUGGGCCAAGGUUGCGAGCAUGUGUUUUCCCGGGGGCUUCGCGGAUCUCAAGGAUGAUAUGACUUGGAAGGCUCUUCCAGGGCUGGAGUUGACUGCCAGCUUGAUCACGUACUUGUUUGCUUUCUGGCUACUAUCCGGCCUCCCAAACACACGCUACAUCCCCAACAAAGACACAAAGGGUCAUAGGGGGGUCGAGAAGAUUCUUUCCUCGAGGGAGAGAGUGACCAAGUGGUUUGAGCAUAGGAGGCGCUACGCGAUAGUACCACUCCUUGCACUUAUCGGCUUCACGAUACCGCUGAUAGUGAUGAUUUUCACAUUGAGGGACUUGCAAAAGGAGCUGUCCGAUUAUAUGAAUCACACAUAUGAGGGGGAUGAUUGGGGAUUUGGGCAGAUUGUCUCUAUCGUGUUGUUUGUUCCUGUCGGCGUGGACAUGGCCUACUGGUGGAGGUUUGGGUCAUCAUAUGAACGAUGA